CACACACAGACACAGACGCACACACACACACACACACUCACUCACACACACACACGGCGACGGGGCUGCUUGGCGAGCUCUGGCUGAGUCUGCAGCGCUGUGCUGGAGCGGGUGAGAUGCCGGCUCGACUCGGCCACCUCUGCAGAUCCGUCGAGGCGAGGAGUUUGUCCGUCAGUGCCGCCGUAGCUUCUCCUGCACGCCCUGGACACCACCCACGCUAAAGAUGCUCGCUGCUCAACAGGUUGUGAUUGUGGACUGAGAGUGUGGAGAGUUUUCCUGAGCUGACUCCAGAGCGCCGCUUGACCAUCAUGUCUCACCUCCUGCACAUGGAGAUCCCCAACUUUGGGAGUGCCGUGCUGGACAGCCUGAACGAGCAGCGUCUGCUGGGGCAGCACUGCGACGUGGCCAUCAUGGUCAACGGCCAGGCCUUCAAGGCCCACCGCGCCGUGCUGGCCGCCAGUAGCCUCUACUUCCGCGACCUGUUCAGCGGCAGCGGCCAGGCGCUCUUUGAGCUGCCCUCGUCCGUCACGACCUCGUGCUUCCAGCAGAUCCUGUCCUUCUGCUACACGGGCAAGAUGACCGUGUCGGCCAGCGACCAGCUCAUGGUCAUGUACACGGCCGGCUACCUGCAGAUCCAGAACAUCGUGGAGCGCGGCAUGGACCUGAUGUUCAAGGCCAACGCGCCGCCAUACUGCGACUCCCAGACGCCGGCCGGCGACGACUCAGCAGGGGGCAGCCCACCUCCGCUGCCCGACAACCAGCACCCACCGCCCAUGCCCACCGCCAUGCCCGCCUGCGACAUCAAGCAGGAGAAGGUGGAGACGCCGCUGUGCUCGCAGAGCGAGGAGGCACGGUCAAGCAGCGGAGGGGGCGAGGGGAAGGGGGGGGGGUCGGGCGGCGGAGGGUCCAGGGGCAUGGUGCCCAGGGGCAGUGCCCUCUUCUACAGCGGCGUGGGCGCCAACGGGGGCCUUCUGGGCGUGUACCCGUACGACCUGGUGUCCGGCGAGAACACCAGCCCCGGAGCGUCCAGCCUGCCCGCGACGGACAGCCCCACGUCACACCAGAACGAGGACGAGGACCUGGAGGAGGACACCUACGACGGCCUGCCCAGCGCCAAGAAGCUCUACGGCUACUCCAUCAACCCCUACGGCAUGCAGGAGAAGAUGGAGCUGUCGUCCAUCCCUGUGUCCCUAGAGAGCCGCUACUGUGUGCUGUUGGGUGGUGACCGAGAGGCGCUGCCCGCUAGCCUGAUUAGCCAGAUCGGGUACCGCUGCCAUCCCGCCCUCUACACCGAGGGUGACCCGGGAGAGAGACUGGAGCUCAUCGCAGGUAAGCAGAUCGGGUACCGCUGCCAUCCCGCCCUCUACACCGAGGGUGACCCGGGAGAGAGACUGGAGCUCAUCACAGGCUCCGGUGUGUUUAUGACGCGAGGACAGCUGAUGAACUGUCACCUGUGUGCCGGCAUCAAACACAAAGUGCUGCUGCGACGGCUCCUCGCUGCCUUCUUCGACAGAAACACACUAGCGGACAGCUGCGGGACUGGAAUUCGCUCGUCGAACUGUGACCCCAGUAGGAAGCCUUUGGACAGCCGCAUUUUGAACACUGUUAAACUUUACUGUCAGAAUUUCGCGCCCAACUUCAAGGAGAGUGAGAUGAACGUCAUUGCUGCGGACAUGUGCACCAACGCGCGGCGCGUGCGUAAACGCUGGCUGCCCAAGAUCAAGUCCAUGCUGCCCGAGGCGAUGGAGGCGUACCGGAGCGCGGUGGUGGUGGGUCCGGCCGAGACGGCUCCUGCGGCCAGCACCACGUUCCCUUUCGAGGCCGAGUUCAAACACCUGACGACGGCGGCCGGUCUCCAGGUCGAGCCGCACCUGUACGGAGACGCGCGCGACCCGCUCAGAACUCUCCCUCACUUCCCCGGCCAACAGGACGCCAAGGCUCCGACGGCGGCCGAGCAGGACAACGGCGCGGAGUCGGUGAAAGGCCGAGAGGACUCGGACGAGGCAAGAGGCCGCGCGGAGGCCACAGAGAGGGGCGUCCUCAACAUUCACCACGGCAACAAGAAGGCUGACGCCCCCAGCUCCUCCCCCCCAGCAAAGGCACACAGCGGCGAGCAGCCGCCUGUGGAGAAGGAUCUCCCCGAAGAGCAGUGAACUGCCCCCCC